CUCGGGGAGAGAGAGAGAGAGAGAGAGGGAGAAAGAAAGAGGUGACCGGACUGAGCGUGAAGAGUAGUGCGGUUACAAUGCGCGUUUAGAGAGGCGCAAACGGAAUACACCGCAGGAUCCGCUGGUUUGGAGAGCGGUGGGGGCGCAAAGAGACGCAGAGAGAGAGAGAGAGAGAGGAGAGAGGAGAUAACGCCACAGUGAAGCCUACACACUCAUUCUCAAACUAGGUGCUAUGGAGGACCUGGGCGAGAUGGACUGCCCGGUGCUGAAGCGGUUCCUGAAGGAGGACAGCGCCAAGUGCCUGCUGCUGGACUGCCGCUCCUUCCUCGCCUUCAGCGCGGGACACAUCCGCGGCGCCGUCAACGCCCGCUGUAACACUAUCGUCCGCCGCAGGGCCAAGGGCUCCGCGCUCAGCCUGGACCAGAUACUGGCCGGGGACGAGGAGGUCCGGGGCCGUCUCCGCUCCGGGAUGUACUCCGCCGCGGUGCUGUACGAUGAGAGGACGCCGGACUCGGAGACGGUGAAGGAGGACAGCACUCUGACUCUGGUGCUCAACGCGCUGUGCAGGGACUCCUCCGGCACACACAUAUACCUGCUCAAAGGUGGCUACGACAGGUUUUUCUCAGAGUACCCCGAGUAUUGUCUAAAGACCAAAUCCUUACCGCCCCUCAUCAGCCAGUCCAGCAGCGACUCUGCAUGCUCGUCUUGUGGGACACCUCACCAUGAUCAGGGCGGCCCAGUUGAGAUCCUCCCGUUCCUGUACCUUGGCAGUGCCCUCCACGCCUCAAAGAAAGAGGUUUUGGACGGCAUAGGAAUCUCCGCCUUGCUGAACGUGUCCGCCGACUGUCCCAACCACUUCGAGGGGGCGUACCAGUACAAGUGUAUUCCCGUGGAGGACAACCAUAAAGAAGACAUCAGCUGCUGGUUCCUGGAGGCUAUUGAGUUCAUAGAUUCAGUACGGGACUCCAGUGGGCGAGUGCUGGUCCAUUGUCAAGCAGGCAUCUCCCGCUCCGCCACCAUCUGCCUGGCUUACUUGAUGAAGAGGAAGCGGGUGCGCCUGGAUGAAGCCUUUGAGUUUGUGCGCCGGCGUCGCAGCAUCAUCUCCCCCAACUUCAGCUUCAUGGGUCAGCUCCUCCAGUUCGAGUCCCAGGUCCUGGCCUCGUCUACCUGCUCCUCGGAGGCGGGCAGUCCAGCCAUCGGCAACAGCAGCACGGUCUUCAAUUUCCCAGUCUCCAUCCCCGUGCACACGUCGGCUGGUCAGCUCUCGUUCCUCCACAGUCCCAUCACCACCUCUCCCAGCUGCUGAGGAAGACGUCGGGGGGGAAGCACAGACUUUGUUUGGACUUGAAAUGCAACUCACAAGUGACUCUGCAAAGAGCAC